AUGGAUUCUGUCAAGGGAAAAGUAGUUUUUGUGCUUGGUGCUCCUGGAGCAGGAAAGGGAACGCUCACCAAAAAGCUCGCCCGCAAGUAUGGAUUCAGGCAUCUGUCCAUAGGAGAUCUCUUACGACAAAUUGUGGUAUCGCCAAAUGCAGAUGACACAGUUGUCGAGUAUGUUCGACGCGGAGAGCUCUUGACUACAGAGAUGCUCUUCCCCAUCCUGAAGCCACACGUUGAUUCAGGCGGCGUUACCAUCAUGGAUGGUUUUCCUCGACACCUCGACCAAGCAAAGGAAUUCGAACAACAAUUUCAACAUCCUACCGUAGUUCUGUUCUUCGACUGCCCCAAAGAAAGCGCCGAAGCUCGAGUGCUCCAGAGAAAGCAAGGCCGCGAAGGAGAUAAUGCCGAGACUUUCAGAAAGAGAUAUGCCGAGUUUCAAGAAUUGAACCCCUCUCUACUUGCUUACUACGAGCAGGCCGGAAAGCUCAUCACGGUAAUACAAGAUGCUGCAACGUGA